AUGGGACUUUGUCAUGGAAAACCUAUUCAAUCCCCACAAAACCUGUCUGAAAAUCCCAUAAUUCCCAUUGAUAAUGAGCAAGAAUUGAAUUCCCACACUGGGAAAACACCAAAAUUCCCUUUUUAUAGUCCAAGUCCUUUGCCUAGUGCAUUCAAGAACUCUCCUGCUAAUUCUAGUGUGACUUCAACACCUUUGAGAUUUCUCAAACGUGUACCACCAUCACCAGCUAAGCAUAUUAGGGCAUUACUUGCUAGAAGGCAUGGCUCAAUUAAACCUAAUGAAGCUACAAUUCCAGAAGGGAGUGAAUGUGAUAUUGGUUUGGAUAAGAUAUUUGGGUACUCAAAGAAUUUUGAUAGUCACUAUGAUCUUGGAGAAGAAGUGGGAAGAGGGCAUUUUGGUUAUACUUCAGCAGCUAAGGGGAAAAGAGGGAGCUUGAAAGGGCAUGAUGUAGCUGUAAAAGUUAUCCCAAAAUCAAAGAUGACUACAGCAAUUGCAAUUGAGGAUGUAAGGAGAGAAGUCAAAAUAUUGCGCGCUUUAACAGGACAUAGGAAUCUGGUUCAAUUCUAUGAUGCCUAUGAGGACGAGGAAAAUGUUUAUAUAGUCAUGGAGUUAUGUAAAGGAGGAGAAUUGCUGGACCGGAUACUUGCAAGGGGUGGGAAAUACUCGGAAGACGAUGCCAAAGCUGUCAUGGUACAACUUCUAAGUGUAGUCUCGUAUUGUCAUCUUCAAGGGGUUGUUCAUCGUGACCUAAAGCCUGAGAAUUUUCUUUUCGUUUCUAAGGAUGAGAACUCUCCCUUAAAAGCCAUUGACUUUGGUCUCUCUGAUUAUGUAAAACCAGAUGAAAGGCUUAAUGAUAUUGUCGGAAGUGCAUACUAUGUUGCACCUGAGGUUUUGCAUAGAUCUUAUGGAACAGAAGCUGACAUGUGGAGUAUUGGUGUCAUUGCAUACAUUCUUCUUUGUGGAAGCAGACCUUUCUGGGCUCGGACAGAGUCCGGUAUAUUUAGGGCCAUCCUGAAAACUGAUCCAAACUUUGAUGAAGCCCCUUGGCCCUCUUUGUCUUCUGAUGCGGUGGACUUUGUAAAAAGAUUGCUGAAUAAGGAUUAUCGCAAAAGGCUAACUGCAGCUCAGGCUCUCAGUCAUCCUUGGUUGGCUGGUCAUCAUGAUGUGAAGAUUCCUUUGGAUAUGAUAGUAUAUAAGCUUGUAAAAGCUUAUGUAUAUUCUUCUUCUCUUAGAAAAACUGCUUUAAGGGCUCUUGCUAAGACAUUGACUAUACCACAACUAGCUUAUCUUCGUGAUCAGUUUACACUAUUAGGGCCAAGCAAAAGUGGACUAGUAGCUCUACCAAACUUCAAAAUGGCUGUGAUGAAGAACUCCACCGAUGCGAUGAAGGAUUCAAGGGUUUUCGACUUUGUUAAUACGGUGAGUUCUCUUCAAUACAGAAAAUUGGAUUUUGAAGAAUUCUGUGCUGCUUCGAUAAGUGUACAUCAGCUUGAGGGAAUGGAAAGUUGGGAGCAACAUGCACGUCGUGGCUAUGAGUUCUUUGAAAAGGAGGGGAACAGACCUAUUAUGAUAGAGGAACUUGCUUCGGAGCUCGGGCUGUCUCCUUCUGUACCAGUUCAUGUAGUUCUGCAGGACUGGAUUAGACACUCAGAUGGAAAGCUCAGUUUCUUGGGAUUUGUCCGGCUCCUACAUGGAGUUUCUUCGCGCACAUUUCAAAAAGCUUAAAAAGUAUAACCUAUCUUAUUGAACUUCCCAGUGUUUCAUCCAGCUUUCAGACUAUUCAUCACUCGAAGAAUCAAAGUCUUGUUGCUUGAUCAAAUGAUCUGUUGAAAGGCGGAAACAGCUAGUUUACAACAAAACUACAGAUCCAGUUUGAAUAUACAUGACACUAGCAGCAGUAUAUUUGGUGUCAAAUCUUAUUUUGUCAUGUAAUUCUUGUAUUCUUCAAAUGUUGGAUCACAUUCCACUUUAAGAGGAUUGUACAGAUGAGGAUAAUCAGAAGAAAAAAAAGUUGUAAGUAGUUUGUCAGAAAAGACAGCUGAAAGCUGAGAUGAGUUCUUGUGGCUUCUUGGUGUAACCUGUUUACCAUUUUGCUUUAGCAUAAUAAAUUCUCUUUAUUGUGUCUC